UUUGGCUAGCUUAUGAGUUAAUAAUAGAUGUCCUAAGAAGUAGAAGUAAAUCACAGAAAAUAUUUGUGUAAAAAGGAAAAAAAAAAAUCUAAAAAUAAUCACUGUAGUAAGGUGUUGUAUAGCGAGGCCGGCUAGCUUGCGCGCCUGUGGUUUGUCGGCUAGUGAGCAGAUGGACUAUUACCUCACCUCUUGACAUUGCAGCAUGUAUUUUUGUAUGUUUUUCGUAGCUUCUGAACACUUUCUAAAAUAUAUCGCAGUAGCCUGGUAAAUUUAGCAGAGGUCUCCACUGAGCAAAUUAAAAUGGAGUGACCUACAAAUAGCUUGGAAUCUCCUGAACCUCAUUUAUAUUCAGAUCCAUGAAAACAAACGGCGUGAAUAUCGCUUUCUUCCACCCCGCCCGUCGAGCAUCGUGGAUCCAGUUGGACUGCGAGCUAAUUUGACACCAAUCAAUAGCGGUCUGCGUUUCUUCCUGUGUGUCAGCCGAGUUGGGUGCCCUUGUCGAUGUGUCGAGGCGGCAUCAGUUCGGCGACUGCAAAUCCAUGGCGGGCCUCGCCCCUUCCUCCGGUGCGCCAGCGCAUCCGAUUGAAUGUGAAGGAGAUUGAUUUGCGCCUCAAAUCCACUUGACCGUUGCGCGCACUCGAUUUUAAUUCGAUUGGACAGCAAGACACUUGUUAGGCUAAAAAAAAAAAAAAAAAAAAAAAGAUCGCGCGGCAUCUUUGCAAAACACACCUGCACGCUAAGAUGCUCACAUCCAGCACUCCGCCCGCCGCUUCUCUCCCAGCCAAUGAGCAGGAAGCCCACCCGCAGCAUGCUGGCUGCCACGGGAGGAGGUGUGUCCGCCGCCUGAGCCAAAAGUCUGCUUGCGUGCGAGUGUGAGCUCACACACACUGGAAGAGGCGGCCGAGGAGAAGCCAGAGGAGAAAAAGACAGAGUGGCGAGAUCCUCUGAGGGAUGCGAGAGGCGAGCCGAGGAGCAGGAGCGCGUUUCGGCCCCGCGGGGGAGCUCAGACGCGCGGGCAUCUCACUCGGACGGACGGCGCGCCGUCUCCCUUGGCAACGGCGAUGGGCUGCAAUUUGUGCACCUUGCAGAAGCGGGAGGAGCACUACAAGCUGCUGUACGAGAUUGCGCAGGUAAACAGGCGUAACUUGUCCAAGGCGGAGCAGGAUGAGACGGCGGCGGCGGAGGCCGUCGGACUAGAGCCCGUCGUCGUCCAGGUCAUCCGUCCCGCCGCGCAGUACCAAGGCCACGUGGCCGACGUGUGCACGCAAACCGACAUCACCUUCGAGCACAUCAUGGCGCUGGCCAAACUGCGCCCGGCGACGCCGCCCGUGCCUGACGUCUGUCCCUUCCUGUUGUCUGACAGCUGCCAUUCUAUCCACGCGAUGGAACGUGAAUUCUACGAGUGUCCCGAGUACCUCUCCAAUAUGGCGGCUGAAGUGGAGCGCACUGAAGAGUACGUGUACGAGGAAGUGGAGUUGUGCAAGCAGAAGACUCAAGAGAAGCUGGGCUUAACGUUGUGCUACAGGACCGACGAGGACGACGACAUGGCCAUUUAUGUCAGCCAGGUGGAGCCAAACAGUUUAGCAGCGAGAGACGGCCGCAUCAAGAACGGCGAUCGUAUUUUACAAAUCAACGGCCACGCGGUGCAGGAUAGAGAGGUUGCGGUUUCCGUGCUGUCGGGAGAAAACGCAAAGAGCGUCGUCCUGCUGGUGACCAGGCCGGAGACGCAGCCGGACGACCACGCGUGGCUUGACGACGAGCCGCGGGAUCCGGCGAAGGAACUGAAGAUGGAGAUCCUGCAAGCGGGGGCGAAGAAUCGCAACCUCAAGCAAGAUGAAGCUGGAGAUGAAAAGACACCCGAGGCGGCUCCCUGUUCCUCCAACGGCCAAGACAAAGACAGCGGCUUCGGCUGCGGCACAGACAGUCCCGAGCACGUAUCGGCCGGUCUCUACAGGAGGAGUCCGGUUCGGUUUUUGAGGGAACAGCGGCGAGCCCAAAGUCCACAUGGCGGGCGAGGCGGCGUGCAAAGCCGCGAAGGCGGAGUGAGCGUUCGCAAUGACGCAAAUGGGAUCUUGGGCCUGGAGAAUUACUUCCAGCAACUUCUGGAGGUCAAGUGUCAAAUCCGCAAGGGCGCGGAGUGCGGCGUGUACUCCAUCCGGCACAGCAUCGAGUGCAGCCUCACCGAGCAGGGAGGAGGCGACAGCGACGACGGCGCCGAGGAGGCCGGCCGAGGCGACGGGGUGGAGCGGGAGUUGAGGAUGCUUAAGGAAGAGCUGCGCAGCAUCGAGCUGGAAUGUCAGAACAUCGUGCGGGCCCGUCGGCCGCGCCAGACGGGCGCGCUGCCCGACAUCCACGAGCAGAUUCCGAGCGAAAAAAAACAAGAAAAAGACGCCUCCAGUGCCUACAACACGGCCGAGAGCGCGCGCUCCAGUCCGCCGGGUCGGGAGCCAUCCCCCGAGCGCUCCCUCCACAGGCGCGUCAGCAUCGCCAACCGCAGGAACCUCCAAAUGGCCUCGUCAAAGCCCUCCAGCCCAAAUCCCGACCAGUCUCGGGGGUCACCGGAAGCCCGUCCUCGCGCCGUUUUCUCCAGCAGCCCGGACCAAAGUAACCCCUCUCGAUCCGAGUCGGACCCGGCGCUGCCCGCCGACGACGAGCGCUGCGAGAAAAAGGGCAAAACCAAAGAUCUCAGAAGGAAACCGCCGUUGGCCUCGUACCAAAGCAGCCCUUACCACGGCUCGCUCGGAUCGCGUCAACUUCAGAGCUACAUGCAGCUGCUCCAACAGCACUCGUCCUUGGAGUAUUCCCAGAGCCAGCUGAGUCUACUGAGCGUCUGCCGCGAUCCGCCGACCCGCAACGCCCGCUCCGGGGAACCGCGUCUGGAGUGGAAGGUGAAAGUGCGAGCGGACGGCUCCCGCUACGCCGCCCGACGCCCGGCCCGCGACCGCAUCCUGCGGGAGCGGGCGCUGAGGAUCCGAGAGGAGCGCAGCGGCGGCAUGACCACGGACGACGACGCCAUGAGCGAGAUGAAGAUGGGCCGCUACUGGAGCAAGGAGGAGCGCAAGCAGCAGCUGGCGCGGGCCAGGGAGCAGAGGAAGAGGAGGGAGUUCAUGCAGAAGAGCCGCUUCGAGUGUCUGAAGGAGGGCCCGGCCGGCGGGGCCGAGGGCCACGGGGAGCUCAGCAUCCUGGAGCUCAGUCACAAGAAGAUGAUGAAGAAGCGCAAUAAGAAGAUUCUUGACAAUUGGAUGACCAUCCAGGAGCUGAUGAGUCACGGGGCUCGGGUCCCGGAGGACUCCAAAGUCCACAACGCCUUCCUGUCGGUGACAACCGUCUAGGCCUCGUUUUUCCCGUGAGCGUCGAGUGAACAUGUAGCUUUUUUCUUUUCCCUCGAACGCUUUUUUCCCAUUCGUCUGCUUUUGGUAAUCUCCCGUUCUCAUUCCGUCGAUGUUGUUUGUGACGACUCAUCUGAGGCUACUUGCCUCAUUCAAGGCAGCAUUUUUUUAUACGUGGGUGGGGCGGGGGGGGGCGUAUUUUUUCACGAUUUGUAAUCUCGCUACUUUACACUUUGUAUGAACGUUUUUUUUUUUUUACUCUGGAAGUCAAUGUGGCAUAAGUAGGCCGUUGUAAAUGUAUCACCAAAAGCGAUUGUACACCAAAACACAUUUACUAACCGGCGCAAAACCCCCAAAGUGUCUUCUGGAGCUCCCCGGAAGGCUUUCGCUUCAGGUUUUACCUCAAGAACGGAUCUUUUGCUCCCAAGGACCUUUGGAGC